AUGCCUCCUCGUCUAGGGUUUAGAAAAUCGCGGAGGGGAUGCUACAGAUGCAAGCAAAGACGCGUCAAGUGUGACGAAAAGCAGCCGUGUGCUGCUUGUACGCGACACGGCGUGUUGUGUGUCUUUUCGGGACCUUCGGAUGCCGAAGCAUCUUCAACCAAUGAGCCUGAUACCCAGAAGGAUCCACAGAAACGAUCAAAUGCCGACUCGUGGAUAUCUCCGGCUCUCAGCUCAGAUCCACUGCCAUACCUGGCUAAGUUUGUUACGGGACCAGAGACGAUAGAGCAGAGUACAUGGCUUACAGAUCUUGAGCUGAUGCAUCAGUACUCAACGUCUACUUAUCUUACUCUCCCGCGAGCAGAUGAACUUCAGCAAGUAUGGCAGGUUGAGAUGCCCAAAUUAGCCCUGAGCCACGUUUAUCUUCUCCAUCAAGUUCUUUCUGUUUCCGCAUUUCACCUCGCAUCCCUCAACCCGGACCGACCAGACUACUCAAUAUGUGCGUCACAGCAUCAAAACAAAGCUGUCAAAGGCCUUCGGUCAGCCGUCGCUUCCAUCACAGAAGAGAGUUGCCUGGAAAUCUUUUUGGCGUCUUCGUUGCUAUCUAUCGGCGCAUUUGCUGGCUUUAGCAUACCGAAUGCAGGUCAACAGCCUGGCAUAGACGAUCUUCUGGAUGUGUUUGCGCUGACUCGUGGCAUGAAUAAUAUCUUGAACAGAUACGAACCCUUUCUCAAACGCAGCAGUAUCGCGACCUUCUUUCUUCGAGGAAACCAUGAUGAGUCAACACCUGUCCUUGCGUGUACUCUGAAACAGCUUCAACAAAUAGUCAUACCUGACGUAUUUGAUGCUGCAGUUGUCGCGAUAUGCCAAAGCUCAAUCACGUCGGCUGUUUCCUUGAUUGAAAGCAUCAUCGGUACAACAUCUCGACCCGACUGGCGUAUCGCUAUGAUUUGGUGCUUGUCUGCGAGCCCAGAAUAUCUUGAUCUUAUCCGACAGCGCCAACCUGUUGCUCUAAGUAUCCUUGCGCAUUAUUGUGUUGUGUUGGAUCACGUAGGAAAGUCUAGUUGGUUCAUGAGGAAUUGGGGCAAACCUGUCCUUGAGAACAUUUCACAAACUAUCGACCCGCAAUGGAGGACAAUGAUUCAAUGGUGUAUUGACGCCGUUGAGUGUGAAAGAAAUAUCCAAGUCUAUUGA